AUGUGGAGGCGUACCUACCUGCUACUGGUCCUCGUGCGGCUCUGGUUUGCCCUUUCGCCGAGCUAUCUGCAUCCAGAUGAGAAUUUCCAGGGGCCUGAGGUCAUAGCCGGUGAGAUCUUCAGCUAUCCCGUGCGCCGGACCUGGGAGUUCACGAGUGAGCAUCCCGUUCGCAGCGUCUUUCCCCUGUGGCCUGUCUAUGGCCUCCCCAUGCUGCUGCUGAGGUGGCUCUGGGUUGGCCAUGGUAACGAUGGCGAGGUUCCCCCCAUUGCCGUCUUCUGGACUCUGCGCGUCCUCAUGUUCGUCCUCAGCUUCGUGCUUGAAGACUGGGCCGUUCAUGAGCUGGUCCAGUCCCCGCGACACCGUCGUAUUGCUAUCUUGCUGGUAGCGUCUUCCUAUGUUACCUGGACCUUCCAGACGCAUACCUUUUCAAACUCGAUCGAGACAUUAGUCGUCGCUUGGAGCUUGGUCUUGAUAGACCGCAUCCUGGAUACUUCGUCUCAGCAAACCUCUUCCCUUCUUGCCUCGACCGUUCUCGGCGUUGUUUCCGUCUUCGGCGCCUUUAAUAGAAUAACAUUCCCAGCGUUUUUGUUGAUUCCUGGCUUUCGAUUGAUACCCCUUUUUUGGAAAAGACCUCUGUCUCUUGCUGUAUUAGUAGCGUCUGCUCUCCUCACUGUAAUAAUCGCCGUGUCCCUCGACACUUCCUUUUACACACCGCACUCGAUCAACUGGUCAGACCUGGUGCGGAACCCCGUCAUCACACCCUGGAACAACCUGCGGUAUAACAUGUCGCCAGCCAAUUUGGCACAGCACGGGAUACAUCCAUGGUAUCAGCACAUGCUUGUGAACAUACCAAUGUUGCUGGGUCCCGCUGCCGGCCUUCUGUUCUUUCAGCCGCACCUAUCGUUGCGGCUCUAUUCGGCAAUAUCGGGCAUAUUUGUGUUGUCUGUAUUCCAGCACCAGGAGGCACGAUUCCUGCUACCCACGAUACCUCUAAUUCUAUCAUCGGUGCAGCUACCAAGGAAUACAACAGUUCUCAGGAUCUGGGUGGGCGCAUGGGUCCUCUUCAACGUGGCGCUCUCCAUGUUGAUGGGACUUUAUCAUCAAGGCGGUAUUGUGCCAGGCCAAGUCUUCCUUAGUAAGCAGCCGGACGCAACCGAAGCAAUAUGGUGGAAGACCUACAUGCCACCCAUCUGGCUGCUGAACGGCAAGAACGAGGUAUUGCGCACACAAGACGUCAUGGAUCUGGAAGGUAGCAAACUGCUGGAAGAGCUCGGAAGACUAGCCACGUGCGACACGCCAGCAGAUCGCAGGAACAACGAGUACCUCAAGGAGUCUAAUGGUACUUAUUUGAUGGCGCCCUUGUCGGCUACUUGGCUGGACGCAUAUCUUCCCAACAAGGGGCUUGACGGCUUACGGUUCAGAGAGGUCUGGCGGCACACGCAACACUUGAAUCUGGAUGAUCUGGACUGGGCCGAAGAUGGUAUCUGGGCAACACUCAGGAGGGUGAUUGGCCGGCGAGGUCUGGCAGCCUGGCGGGUCACUAAGAGUUGUUGA